CAAGAUACUACUGCAACAUAGAAAGUAUUGCAGUUCAGUGUGAGGUCUUGGACCAAAAGGACAAUUGGAUGCAUAUACAAUAAAGGAACUGUUAGCCUGUUUCCCCAAUGGGUUCUACUGGAAAUAAACUGACCUGGACGGUCUCUGUGUACCUUUUUUCAAUAUGCCUAAUUUUAACAUCAUAUUCCGUUUUUGGGUCAGGCUUUAGUGACAGUCCAACAGUUGAUGAGAAGUCCUUUCAGGUGAGUUGGAUGACAUCUGUACCUGAUGCCACACUCCUCUCUGCCAUUUCAAUACCAGGAACUCACGAAAGUCUAACUCGUUAUGGUGGGCCACUCAUACAAUGUCAAACUUUAUCCAUGGAAAAACAACUGAAAGCAGGUCUGCGAUACUUCGAUAUUCAUGUGGGGAGCUGGAUUAAAAUCCAGCAAACUGUGGAUGUCAGGGAUGGUCACAUAAAACACCAAAAGUUCCGCGAUGCCUUGGAAACCACAAGAGCCUUCUUGGAUGAAAAUAGCAGUGAGACAGUGCUUUUUAGGGUCACUAUAGAAGGCUUCUUUCAGAAGACAACUGGUAAAUUGGUUAAGAAAUUGCUUGAAGAAUUUAAAGAUAAAUUAUGGACAAAAACAAUAGUCCCCCAGAUUGGGGAGGUAAGAGGGAAGAUUGUGUUCAUACAGAGCAAUAAUUUCAAUGUCGGAACUCUUAACCACAAUACAUAUUUUAAAGGUGAUAAUAAGUUCAAAAACAUACCUAACAAGAUGAAAAAGAUUAAAAAACAUUUGGAGGAAGCAGGGGAAAUCUGUUCACACACUUUAGUACUGACCGAAUCAACAGCCAGUGCUUUUUUCAAAGGCCCUAAAUCGGUAGCCAAAGAGGUAAACAACCAGCUGAAUACUCUCAUCAUGGAGCGCAAAAAAGGAUCUGAAAAACCUGCCUGCCUAGGAGUGGUCAGUAUGGACUUCCCCAGUUCUGAACUGAUCAGGAAUAUUAUUGAUACAAAGCCUUGCUUGUGCCACAGGACAGAAAAUAAAGACUCUUUAGAGCCCGCAGAGCCUGAACUGGAACCUCAACCAGAACCGGGACCCGAACCUGAGCCUCAACCCCAACCUGAACCUGAACCUGAACCUGAACCCCAACCUGAACCCCAACCGGAACCAGAACCAGAACCUCAACCUGAACCUGACCCCGAACCUCAACCCGAACCGGAACCGGGACCUGAACCGGAACCUGAACCUGAACCUGACCCCGAACCUCAACCCCAACCUGAACCCCAACCUGAACCUGAACCUGAACCUGAACCCCAACCUGAACCCCAACCUGAACCCCAACCAGAACCAGAACCUCAACCUGAACCUGACCCCGAACCUCAACCCGAACCGGAACCGGGACCUGAACCGGAACCUGAACCUGACCCCGAACCUCAACCCCAACCUGAACCCCAACCUGAACCUGAACCUGAACCCCAACCUGAACCCCAACCUGAACCCCAACCAGAACCAGAACCAGAACCUCAACCUGAACCUGACCCCGAACCUCAACCCGAACCGGAACCGGGACCUGAACCGGAACCUGACCCCGAACCUCAACCCCAACCUGAACCCCAACCUGAACCUGAACCUGAACCCCAACCUGAACCCCAACCUGAACCCCAACCAGAACCAGAACCAGAACCUCAACCUGAACCUGACCCCGAACCUCAACCCGAACCGGAACCGGGACCUGAACCGGAACCUGAACCUGACCCCGAACCUCAACCCCAACCUGAACCCCAACCUGAACCUGAACCUGAACCUGAACCUGAACCCCAACCUGAACCCCAACCUGAACCCCAACCAGAACCAGAACCAGAACCUCAACCUGAACCUGACCCCGAACCUCAACCCGAACCGGAACCGGGACCUGAACCGGAACCUGAACCUGACCCCGAACCUCAACCCCAACCUGAACCCCAACCUGAACCUGAACCUGAACCUGAACCCCAACCUGAACCCCAACCUGAACCCCAACCAGAACCAGAACCUCAACCUGAACCUGACCCCGAACCUCAACCCGAACCGGAACCGGGACCUGAACCGGAACCUGAACCAGAACCGGGACCUGAACCUCAACCAGAACCAGACCCUGAACCGGUACUUGAACCAGAACCAGAACCGGGACCUGAACCGGAACCUCAACCCACUCUAGUAGAACCUGCACCUCCAGCAAAACCAAAAAAGAAGCCUUGUCAUAAAAAGCAUAACAAAAUAAAAUGAAAGUUCUUAAUCAAGAAGCAAAUUUUGAAUAAGACAUGUUUUAGUUGUAUAUGUACAAAUAAAACUACAUA